AUGGACUCCACUUCUUCUGUUGCUGCUGUUGAUACUGAUAUCCCCCCUCUUCAAGAAAAGUACGAUGUGUUUCUUAGUUUCAGAGGUCCGAACACACACGAUGCUUUUACCAGCCAUCUUCACAAGGCUUUACUUGGGAAGAACAUUGACACUUACAUAGAUAACAGACUUGAGAAAGGAGAUGACAUUGGACCUACCCUUCUAGAAGCAACCGAGAAAUCGAAACUUGCACUAGUCAUUUUCUCAAAAGACUGUGCUUCUUCCACAUGGUGUUUGAAAGAACUUGUGCAUAUGCUAGGAUGCAAGAAAAGAAAUAAACAAAUUGUUAUACCCAUUUUUUAUCGCAUAGAUCCAUCACAUGUACGAAAACAACAGGGAACUUAUGCACUUGAAGAUCGUCCACUUAAGAGCAGUAAGGAUGAGGUGGCCAACUGGAGGGUUACUUUACCUUCGUGGGAGGUAAUCUAG